AGGAAACAGAAACCAUAAAGUGAGAACUUCCUCAACUUCCUACUAGCAAACCUACAGAACUGAUCCAAAGUGAUGGCUAAGUAGAGAAGAAAGUAGGAAUGAAUCAAGCAAGGGAAUGAAGAAAUUUCAGGCAAGAAGCAGCAGCCUGUGCAAGAACAAAGAGAGCUCAAACUAUGUUCCAAAUGGCAGGAACAUAGCACAGAGGAACCUAUGAAACUAGAGAAGUAAAGAUACUAUGUUUCUUCCAAGGUGAACUCCACUUGGUAUUCAGCAUCCUCCUCCUUCUCUUCUUCAGUGCCAACUGUAAAGCUCUUCAUUGAUGGGAAAUUUGUUGAAUCCAAAAGUGACAAAUGGAUCGACAUCCACAACCCAGCCACCAAUGAGGUCAUUGGUCGGGCCCCUCAGGCCACCAAGGCUGAAAUGGAUGCAGCUGUUGCCUCCUGCAAACGUUCUUUUCCCGCAUGGGCAGACACUUCAGUAUUAAGCCGUCAGCAGGUUCUGCUUCGCUAUCAACAACUUAUUAAAGAAAACUUGAAAGAAAUUGCCAGGUUAAUCACUCUGGAACAAGGGAAGACCCUAGCGGAUGCUGAAGGAGAUGUGUUUCGAGGCCUUCAGGUGGUUGAGCAUGCCUGCAGUGUGACAUCCCUCCUGCUGGGAGAGACCAUGCCAUCCAUCACCAAAGACAUGGACCUUUAUUCCUACCGUCUGCCUCUGGGGGUGUGUGCAGGCAUUGCUCCAUUCAAUUUUCCUGCCAUGAUCCCCCUUUGGAUGUUUCCCAUGGCCAUGGUGUGUGGAAAUACCUUCCUAAUGAAGCCAUCAGAGCGAGUCCCUGGAGCAACUAUGCUUCUUGCUAAGUUGCUUCAGGACUCUGGUGCCCCUGAUGGAACACUGAACAUCAUCCAUGGACAACAUGAAGCUGUGAACUUCAUUUGUGAUCAUCCGGAUAUCAAAGCAAUCAGCUUUGUGGGAUCCAACCAGGCAGGAGAGUACAUCUUCGAGAGAGGGUCAAGACAUGGCAAGAGAGUUCAAGCCAAUAUGGGAGCCAAGAACCAUGGGGUAGUCAUGCCAGAUGCCAAUAAGGAAAAUACACUGAACCAGUUGGUUGGGGCAGCAUUUGGAGCUGCUGGUCAGCGCUGCAUGGCUCUUUCAACAGCGAUCCUUGUGGGAGAAGCUAAGAAGUGGCUGCCAGAGCUGGUGGAGCGUGCCAAAAACCUGAGAGUCAACGCAGGAGACCAGCCUGGAGCUGAUCUUGGCCCUCUGAUCACACCCCAGGCCAAAGAGCGAGUCUGUAAUCUGAUUGAUAGUGGAACAAAGGAGGGAGCCUCCAUCCUUCUAGAUGGUCGAAAUAUUAAAGUCAAAGGCUAUGAAAAUGGCAACUUUGUUGGACCAACCAUCAUCUCAAAUGUCAAGCCAAAUAUGACUUGUUACAAAGAGGAGAUUUUUGGUCCAGUUCUUGUGGUUCUGGAGACAGAUACUUUGGAUGAAGCCAUCAAGAUUGUAAAUGAUAACCCAUAUGGAAAUGGAACUGCCAUCUUCACCACCAAUGGAGCCACCGCUAGGAAAUAUUCCCACUUGGUGGAUGUUGGACAGGUGGGUGUGAAUGUCCCCAUUCCAGUGCCUUUACCAAUGUUCUCAUUCACUGGCUCUCGAUCUUCCUUCAGGGGAGACACCAAUUUCUAUGGCAAACAGGGCAUCCAAUUCUACACUCAGCUAAAGACCAUCACUUCUCAGUGGAAAGAAGAAGAUGCUACUCUUUCCUCACCUGCUGUGGUCAUGCCUACCAUGGGCCGUUAGAAUGAGUUGUUCCAGACUCAGUCCAUCCUGAGUCAUCUCCCUUUAUUCUUGACCACCUUCAUUUGCCAACUUUGCUCAGAUCAGAUCCCUGAGAAUGGAAUACCUUGUAACUAAAUCUUUCUCAGGACCAUUAGCCCCUGCACAGUUGCUAUAGAGAGACUCCUGGUGUAAAUCUGAAACCGGAUUUACUUACUCUUCAUACUUCUCUUUUUGAGGUAACUGUUGUUAACUGUGAAAUGUUAAUCUGAAGGAGAGCUUAGAGCUGUUUUCUAAAAAUUCUUCCCUCUUCUGAUAACUUGAAGGGAAGAUUAGUGUUUGUAAAGAUCAUCCAUAAUUCACCCUUUGGUUGACCUUCAAAUAGCCCUACAUAAUUGCCAGUGGGGGAUACACCACUGCCAGGCUUUCCUGAGCCUAUCAUCCCAUACUACACAAGAUAUAGUCCAUUUCUACUUAUCCCACAGUUGUGACAACUAUUUCCUUCUUUUUGCUGAAUGCCACUUUGUCCUAGUGAUUCAUGACCACUAAAUUCUAUCAUCACCUCUGUCCUGCUUCUUCAAAUAAUUUUUCAAAGAUACCUCAGUAUGCAUUGGAUAAAUCUCCAUUUUGUAGUGUGUGCCAAAUGUUAAAGUUUAGGGUUUGCUUCAACAAUCAUUAAUUAACAAUUCAGUUAUUAACUCAGAUGCCAAUAGGUUUUUUGUUUGUUUCUAGACCCAGAUAUCAAAGGGAGUUUGCCUUAAGCAAGUCUAGCCUGAUUAUACUUUUUAAUGAAACAACCCUUAAUAUAGAAUAACUGACUAGGGUCUAAGACAUUUUUAAAGCUUUUCAUGACAUAAAGUAGUAAAAAAGAAAUGCUUUGCCCUGCCUGAUGCAGCUCGGUUGGUUGGAGCAUCAUCCUGUGCACCAAAAGGUCGUGGGUUUGAAUCCUGGUC